AUGACCUCUCAGGACGGCGCUCUCCGACUUCAGUAUCACUUCGACCUCCCCUUCCUCAACCCGGCCCUCCUGAGCGGGGCCCUCCUCGCCCCUGGCGUGAGCACUCGCGAAGGGAACAAAGCGUUCGGUCUGCUCGGCGGCACAGCGUUACAGCUGUAUUUGCAGGUAGAAGGGCUCAAGCGGGAGAUGAACGUGGAGCAAAUCUCGCAGGCGAUGUCGCAAGUCGCUGGAAAGAGGAACCUCGCGCAGCGCGGUUUCGAUCUGGGCAUUGACAAGUGGAUACGCAAUAAUCCGUCGCAGGGUAGCUAUAUCUCGGAUAAGCUGAUGGCGACGACCAUGGAGGCGAUUGUGGGCGCUUACUUCGAAGACCAGGGGAGGACAUUUGCAGCGUUGGAGAAGAUCGUCCGUGUGCUGGGCUUGGGGUGGCCGGAGAGGGAGUAG